AUGAGUGUAUUAGAAAAAGAUGCGGAAGAACGUAGUGAAAAUCGUCGUAAAAAUAGAACCUUAGCUGAUGAAUUAAAAACUAAAGGAAAUUAUGCAUUUCAUCAACAAUUAUAUGAUAAAGCUAUUGACUAUUAUACUGAAGUAAAGCAAAUAUUAAUAUUUUUGUUUCUUUAACUUAAAUUAUAUUUUUCCGGAGUUUAACAUUAAAAAAAGAUCAUGAUAUAUUAUAUGCAAAUAGAACACAAGUAUAUGUUAAACAAGGAAUAUAUGAAGAUGCAAUAUAUCAUUAUGAUUGACCUUGAAAAGUACAAAUUUCUAGUUUUUUUAAAAAUUAUAUUCUACGAAUUUUUCGAAGAACAUAAUGAUAAAAAUAUGUCUCAGAUACAAGAAGAAAAAAAAGUUUUGUAGUUCAUAUUCAUAAAAGAAACGUUGAUAAAAGUUGUUUUUUUUUAAUUAUUACACUUAUCAUAAAUAAAGAAAUAUGAAAUUUCAUUACUUAUAACAAUAAAUGCG